AUGACUGGCAGCAAAUUAAAAGAGGGACAAUCUGGCCUGCCUACUCCCAAGAGCACUCAUUCAUACUGGCACCAAGACCCAUCAGCCAUUCUUCUCGGCCACAGAACUACAGAGCAACUCCCGCCCACGACUGAUGUCGUUGUUGUUGGCAGCGGGAUAACUGGCGCAUUUGCCGCGAGAGAACUCGUAAAAGGUGGUAAAAGCGUCCUACUGCUGGAAGCGAGAGAAGCAUGUUGGGGUGCGACAGGACGUAAUGGCGGUCACUGCCAGCCCUCGGUGUACAGUGCCAAACCGAACAUUGCUCGAUUUGAACAGGGCACAUACAGCUUCAUCAGGGAUUUUGUAGCGCAAAACAAGAUCCCCUGUGACUGGCACACGGUUGGCGGUGUACACGGCAUUUUUGACGAGGAUGUUCUGGGAGUUGUUGAGAAGCUUAUGGAACGACUGAAGAAGAAUCACCCGGAUCUCGCUGAGAAGGCUAUACUCGUGAAAGACGAAGAAGGGCUCAAGACUCUCCGCGUACCGCAGGCUUAUGCAGCUGUCUACCAGCCCAAUGCUGCGAAGUUGUGGCCUUAUAAGCUCGUGGCGUGGAUCCUGGAGGACUUAUUGACAGAGCAUCCGGAUGCGUUUAACUUACAGACUAAUACGCCCGUGGAGCACCUGCAACACUCUGAGGAUAGAUGGAUUGUUCACACGUCACGGGGACAGGUUGCUGCCACAGAUGUGCUGGUUGCUUCGAACGGAUACACGUCGUAUCUACUGCCCAAGAUGACGGGUAUCAUUACGCCUAUUCGUGCGCAGAUUGUGGGGUUGACACCACCCACGGGGGAUGUUCCUCUCGAGCAUACGCAUGUUUGGGCCAAGGGCAGGAACGAGGAUUACCUGAUUCAGAGGGACGAUGAUCGUGUUCUCAUUCUAGGUGGUGAGAGGUUUGCGGCUACGGGUGCAGAGGUAGGUGUCUGGGAUGAUGGUGGUGUUAACGAGGAUGUCGGGCGGAGGCUGCGAAGUGAACUUGGGAGGAGGGUGAAGUUACGGGCUCCGGGGCACGGAGAGAGGGAUACGCUUGACGCGCAGUAUGAGUGGACAGGCAUCAUGGGCUAUUCGAAUGAUGGGUAUCCUUGGGUUGGCAGGGUGCCCGUGCGGUUGGGGGGUGUUGGUGAUGGGCAUUUGUGGAUAAGUGCUGGGUAUAAUGGUCAUGGGAUGCCGUCGGCGGCGAGGUGUGGUGUUGGAGUUGCGGAGAUGAUUUUGGGGAGGGACAUGAGUUUUGAUAUGCCGGCGGAGUAUGAGGCGAGCGAUGAGAGGGUUGGGAGGGUUGAGGAGUUGAAUGGGUGUGGUGUGGCGUUUGUUGAUGAGUUGAGGGCUUUGUUGGAUGAUUGA